AUGAUUCGAGUUAUAAUUUUUACUGUAUUCAUUUAUUUCGUGUCCGUGCAAGGAAAGUGUUUUAAAAGGUUGGAAAUUAACGGCAAAUGUUUGUGUACCUGUGAACCACCUUUCAACACUUCAGUCAACUUGACGGUUUCAACUGAAAAGGCGCUCAUGAUGUGUUCAUUGAAAUGUUCACAAGCGAGCAACUGUGUGGCUUACAACUUUUUCAGAAAUUUCAAACAAUGCCAACUCUUUGACAGGAAGUUGACAAAGUUUUCCUUCAUACCGGGUUGUGUGUAUUAUUACGAGAAAGUUGAACCUAGAAAUAGAACGCUUCGCUUUUCUGUGGACAACGUGCUUGUUCAAUUCUACGUUAAUGGCAAGAAUAUAUCAGUUUCCGACAACUUUCAAAACGUUAGUGUUUGGGAAAAAGCCAAAACUUACAAUCUCCCAGACCAGCUGUACAACAUUGCUAUCAAAUCUUACAAUGAUGGGAAUGUCGGUGGCCUGAUAGCCAGAUCCUUGGAUGAUUAUGUCCUCACGGACAGAACUUGGAAAUGUAUUAAGGAAGCAAAUGAUGAUUGGUAUAAAAUUGAUUUCAAUGAUUCAUCAUGGCCUGCUGCAGUUAACGAGAUUGAGAAGAAGCAUGGUAAUUAUUUCUCAAAAGAAGAUGCUGCAAAUGCCAAUUGGAUUUAUUUUCUUAAUGGAUGUAAUAAUACAGAUUGCAAGGUUGAUUUCUACUGCAGAAAAAGUUUCAUCGGUACGUUUUUAGAAUUGAAUAUGUGA